GGAAAAAAAACCGAUUCGAAGCUGUGACAAAAACAUCGGUUCGAAUCGAGGCCGAUUUUAGUAGAAGCGAAGCGCCCCUUCAUUUUCAUUCAACUCCAAUUCUCCUUUGGGAUCGCUUUUGCUACUUUUGAUUCCAUUUUCACCGGAAAAUCCAGAAUCUGUGUCGCCAAAAACGAAACAAAACCCUUCCUUCACCGUCCACUUUUCCGAUAUCGUCUAACAGGUCUUGGUGUCUUGUCACUCCUUACCGUUGCUCGUAGUUGAAGUCCAUUCAAAAUAUCUUGAAGUGGAAAGAAUAAAUUAGUAGGCUCCUAAUGGAAUUUAAUAAAGAAGAGGGUAGAAGGGCUAGAGAGAUUGCAAUCAGGAGGUUUUUAGCGAAUGAUUUUGCGGGAGCUAGGAAAUUUGCCUUGAAGGCUCAGUUCCUGUCUCCAGAACUCGAUGGAAUUGCGCAAAUGGUGGCCACAUUUGAUGUACAUUUAUCUGCACAGAAUAUAAUACAUGGGGAGAUAGACCACUACGGUGUUCUUGGUAUUAACCCCGAAGCUGACGACGAAACAGUGAGGAAACGUUACAGAAAGUUGGCUGUACUGCUUCAUCCUGACAGGAACAAGUCGAUCGGAGCAGAGGAAGCCUUCAAGUUUCUCUCUCAGGCGUGGGCUAUGUUCUCCGACAAGGCGAAGAGAGCUGACUAUGACCUGAAACGGAACCUGGGAUUGUAUGAAGGAGGAAGAGGAGCUUCAUCAUCAAAGCCUGCAAACAACGGAUCUCAGAAAGCUACUAAAGCGAAGAGCGCAAAGAGAGGUGUAAAGCGAGCAAGUGAUGCCUCUGAUUCUGCCUCUGCGGCUACUGCGACUACUUCAGCUCAUAAAACAACUGCUGAUGGAACCUUUUGGACUGUGUGCCGCACUUGCACAACACAGUAUGAGUAUCAUCGUGUUUACCUAAACCAGAACCUCCGGUGUCCCAACUGUCGUAAGCCGUUUAGAGCUGUGGAAACAGAUCCUCCAGGCUCAGGUUCGAUCCGCCAGACCUUUCACGAGCACCAGUUGGACUCUAUGCGUCAGAUGACAGACGGAAGAGAGAAAAGCAGAGACAAUAAUGGAGUGUAUGGUGAACAUGAUUCCUUUGAGUGGGGUGGUGUGCACACUGGAACCAAAAACCCUGGUCACGCUGCACAGACCGGGCCACGAAAAGACGAGGUUGUGCGUAGAGAGUACACCAAAAGAGUGGCUGGUGCUCCAUCGACAAAUCCUCCAAAAAGAAGAAAGGUGUUGGAAAAUGCAGUUGCUGGUUCCAACACAGCAAGCUGUUCUGCUCCCAAGUCCAAGAUUGUGAAAGAGUUUUCUGAGGAGGAGCUAAAUAAUUUGUUGAAAAUGAAAGCUAUGCGGGUAAUCAGCAGAAAGCUACAAGAAUUAUCUACCAUCGUUGCUGAAGCUGACGCAAACGGAAGGCAAACCGAUGAUCUCGAUGUGGGCAAUGAAUCAUGCUGUGUGGACUCUGUUGAAGGCACUUCAGCCUUUACAAUUGAUGUUCCUGAACGAGAUUUUUGUGACUUGGACAAGGAUAGAGCUGAGAAGUCAUUUGCAGAUAACCAAUGCAUAUAUCAAAAUAUGCCAAUGCAAAUAUAAAAUCAUGUUUACAAAAAAUUGCAUAAGCCUUUAAAAUAAACCUAUGUAAAAAAACAAAAGACAAAAAUAUAUUACUUUGAAGUAAACGUAU